AUGAGCGAAUUUGUUGUGAUGUUGCAGAUUCGACGAAGUCAUUGCGAGGAAGACGGUGAAUCGAUGCAUAGAGGAUUUGAGGAAGCCGUAAUGGUGAUGGUGAUGAAGGAUGAAGGAGAGAAAACGAUUGAAGAUGGAGAAAAGAUAGAAAUCUUGUUCUGUGAUUUUGAUGAUUCUACCAAAUAUUUCCAGAUUCUCCAAUUGUUCUUCCCGGAUUCAACAUCCUUGCAAUUCCGGUUCAUCCUCGAAUGCUCAUGUCUCAUUCACAGCCACAAAGCCGAAGAAAAAAAAGGAAGAAUAUACGUGAAGAAGUUGAUAGUGAAAGAUCUUACUGAAUGGAGAACACCCGGCAGCUCUCCGACGCCAUACGAGGAAACCAGGGGUAAAUCAGGUAAUCGACAUUAUUUCUGUGAUUCACUUCUUUUUCGGGCUGAACUGGUUGCUUUUGUAUUGGAUUUAUUUGAGCUUUGUAGUGACCUGGUGCAAGCAUCUCUAAAGCCUCCAGCCUCUUCUACUGACUUCAAAAGCAGAUCCAGUUCUUUGGUCAUCUCAUUAAUAUUGCCAAACUGCUUUGACGAAUCAGAACUUGAAAUCCCAGGCUUGGAGGAAUUUACAUGCUGCUCAUCAGAAGGAUGA